CUCUCAGUGCAUGGAAUGAGACAAGACGAUGGGUGUCUGACAAGGAGUCCUCUAAAAAACUCUCAAAGGUUCAGAACAAACGCAGUAGGGUCGCCGAGCCCAGAGUUCCUUACAAAAGUCCUGAUGAAGAAGAAAGGCGAGGAGUUUCUUCCCGGUGACCUGGUGUUUGCCGAGUUUCCUGGUUACAGCUGGCCAGCUCUUGUUACUCAAGUCGGAGCAAAGACACUAGAAGUUGUGACAUUAAUCCUGGAACAGGAUGAGCUGAUUGAUAAAAACAGUGCUGUAAUAUUUCAAGGGGUGGAGCAACUUAAACAGAUCAUGAGUGUUUUAACUCCUGGUGAACAACAAGAUUUCUCUGAGGCAUCCAACUCUUUGUUGGAACUGAGCUUAAAGUCAAGACAGGAGCGCCUGGAUAUCAUAAAGACUGGGAGAAUUAGUUCAGACGAAGGGGAAAGUAGCAAGGAAAAUGAAGUUAUUAUAGCUGAUAAAGAAGCUUCUGUCCCUGAGAGUCCACCCAAGGAAUCGCCUAAAAAAGAUUCUAAUGUAGUCAAAGAGGUUAAGAAAUUAUCCUGUGACAUAGAUGACAUAACACUACCAUUAGUUGGUAGUCGUCUUGAUAAAAUCAUCGAUCAUCCAAGGACGAAACUCACCCUUGAAGUAGGUAUUCCUAAUUUUGGUACUUUGGAUCCUCCUGCCCGUGUUAUUGUUUGUGAUGCUCCUGCCAGUUCUGAAGGCGAGUCCGAGAUUGAGGUAAAAUUACCGAUAAGUCCUGAAAAUGUGACUCCUACUGAGAAUGGUACUUCACCUUCUAAAAGAAAAAAGCUUCAAGUGAAGCAACAGAGAGACGAGGAUUACAUCACUAAUGCUGUGAAACUGACUAACAAGCUGUUUGAGAGUGGUGGUCAGUCCGUCGAGCUGACUCCUGGACAUCACCUUUCUUAUGACAGUCUCAAGAUCGCCAGGGAAAGAGCUAUGAUGAUUGCUGGGUGUGCUAGUCCUACCAAUGCUCGGACAAGAAGAAAAUCGUCGUCAAAAUCCAAUGAAGCUGUCGUGACUUCUCCUGAAGAUCUUGCUUCUAAAGCUCAUGCAGAGCAUUUAAAAGCAACUAGAGCUGCUCAAAAGAAGGCUUUAAAAUCUAUUGGAAAACCCCUUGAAAUUGUACAGACAACUGCUAAAAAUCCUUCUCGGAGGCCUGGUAGGAAGUCUUCCACUAAUGCCAAUGGAACUGAUGGUAUCAGCAAUGUUCUUACCAAGAUAGCUGCCGAAAUUGCAUUUCAAGAGGCUGCAGAAAAGUUGGUAGUCAGUUCUGAGAAGAUUGCCAAUAAUGUCAUUGAUCCUGGGAGAGCUCUCCAAGCAGCUGCAACAGAGGCUGCCCAAGAAUUGGUCUCUCAUCAACCUGAGAACCAUAGCCCUAUAAAAUCACCUGUUAGGAAAAGAAGGCAUAGUAAAAGAAAGUCUUGUGAACUCAACAUCAGCUUGGGGGAAAUUAUAGUGAACAGUGAUUCUCUUAUGGAAAUACAGAAAGCUCUUUCUCCUCAAAAAGUAGUUACUCCCAGUGCUCUUACGCAAGCUGAGAAGGAAAGGGCGGAGAAAAUCAAUGCCGAAAGGUGUGAAAAUUUGAAGAAAGCAAGAGAAGUUAAGCUGAAGAAGAUAAAAGAAGCUAAACUGAAUUCGGAGCGAACCCCAGUCAAAAGUCCUGCAAGAAGUUCAGCCAGAACGUCAUCUAAAAGUCCUUCAAAUAAUUCACAGAAAGAUUCUACACCUAUAUCAGCUAAACUAAAUAGUGAGCCAGAGAAAUCGAAGGAACAAGUAGGACCCUCAAGAAAUCCAAACCGAAGGAAGACUAAACAAAUUAUAGAGCAUGAAGAAAUUGAUAGAAUGCCACAGUUAUUAGGAACUGCCCAAGAAAUAGAAGUAACUAAAGGUACAGGUAAAAUUCGACCCAAGUCUGCUACUGAAAGUCCAUCUAACAGUUCAGCUAAAUUGGCUGAUGAGGGAUGCUCAUUAGCUGAUGUGAUCCCUGAACAAGAAACUUCUAAAAAGACGGCAACUAAUUCCAGACGGAAAAGCAAAAGAGUUGUAAACCCUAAGCAAGCUUAUCUUGACCAAGAAGUUAUUCUUGCAAAGGAAAUUAGAUCAUCUCGAAGAAACAAAGAAACUACCAUCCCUAACAACUGUGUUGUGCAGAAUGAACAAGAUUUAGAGUUAGUCUCUUCUGAAGAAGGAAGUCGAUCUGAUUCUUUAGACAAGGAAAGUCAAUCUUUAAGUGCAAUCAAACCUUCUCCUGUGGAUGAACCAAAUAGCUCAGAUGUUGAUGUCAUCAGUUUUCUAUGCCCAUACUAUUUGAAUUUGUUUACAAAUGUGAUAAAACAUAAAAUAGAAAACCAGAUAAAGCUAGAUUUAGAGAAACUGCCCCAGGAGGAACAGCAAUUGAUCCUAAAACUGGUUAAAGGUACCAAUUCAGCUACAAAGAAACAAGCAUAUGACAUUAUAUCAAAACUUGUGAAGACCUCUCCAUGUCAGAAUCUACUGACGUCAAAUCUUCCAGAAGUUGGGCCAGAUACACCUCCUGCAUCACCUAAGACCGAUCCACAAAGGGUCAGUAACAAAGUUAUACCUCAAACCAGGAAACGAAACGCAAACUCAAAUUCUCAAGAUAUUUUGCACAACCCUUUCCCCGUUGAGAUAAAUGAGUUGACUGAUAAGGCUAGAAAGAAGUAUAUGGAGUCAGGUGGUAUAUCUAAAAAGACCAUUCCAAGAACAUGGUCUCAGUAUUUGAAAAACAAUGGCAGGUUUACAACAGAGCAAUCCAAAUUAAACAGCUUUCCUGACGAGUCAAAAUCUGUUUCGACCAGCAAUAUAAAAGUAUCAAAUAAGCGUAAAAAGACAGAUCCUCCACAGUCAACUAAAAAAGAAAACAAUGUUGAUAUCCCUUGUGAUCAUAAGAUGAUGGCUCUGCUCCUAUACGUCAAAGAUAUUCAAAUAACCUUGCCAGAGCCCCUAAAAUUGAAACACUCAGAAGUAAAAUGGACAGAUCUCAAUCCUGAAUCUCAGUUAAAAUACAUUGAAUUAUGUGAGAAGUUAAAUGGAUUAUCAGCCGAGGACAGAACAUUGGAAUGUACUGCUCUGGACUUAUUCGUCAAAUCUUCCUCAAAUAUCUCCCGUUUAAACUGGCUCUCUUUAAAUCCAACCAAGCACAAGAAAUUCUUGAAAGAUGCUAAAAAUGUGACAAAGAAAAUGGCUGUAAGUUUGGCAGAAACUCAAGAGUUCAGUGAAAAGUUAGUCGCAAAACUGAUGAGCACUGAAUCUAGAAAAAGGAAAAGGGAAUCCCAGCCUAUUGAUACUGAUUCAGAACCUAGUAGCAAAAAGGAGAAAGCUGAUGAUACUCUUCUAGAUUUCUUCUGUCUGGAUUGCUUCACUAUAGAUUAUAAUCCGAAGCUUUAUACCACUUGUCAUGGAUGCCACGGAUCUUUCCAUAGAACAUGUUUACAAUCUCAAUCAGACCCCUCAAAUCAAAAGCAAGAUCAAAAACAGAGGUAUUACUGUAAAGAAUGUCAGGAAGGCCCUGUGUGUUUACUGUGUAGAAAAGGAAACAAUCUCAAGUCCUGCUCUCAAUGUCCUUACAAAUAUCACGAAUCUUGUGUUAGACCUCACAUGUCAACACAGAUCGUAUCCUCAACAAGUUUUAUCUGUCCGUACCACGUUUGUGGGUCAUGUGAAGCUCGUCCUGAACUGAACAUCAAGAACUUUGUGCGUUGUGUGCGGUGUCCUCAGUCAUUUCAUCAGAACCACAUUCCUGCUGGGUGUAUGAGGAUAUCUAGGACUCACAUUCUUUGCUUUAGGCAUUGUCAAGGAUUCGGCAACAAAUCCAACGCAAAUACAGCUAGUGAUCAGAAGAAACGAAAAAGAAAAUCAGGAUCAGCUCCAAGCGUUUCAAUGAAGAAAAGGCAGCGCAGACCAUUGGUACACCUGAAUGUGCCAUUUUGUUUCCAGUGUACAUUUGGUGGUGAUCUUAUCUGUUGCGAAGGAUGUCCUGCUAGUUUCCACAAUGAGUGUGUCCCUGAGGAAAAUCAAAUCAAAGAAGGUGAACUAUCGUGGUUGUGUCCGGACUGUAUUGUGGGGAAGAAACCAUUCAUUGGUGACAUAGUUUGGGUCAAGUUCGGAGCUUACAGAUGGUGGCCGUGCCAGAUUCUGGAUGAGUUGGAUCUGCCUGACAACAUAUUCUCCAAACCUCACAAGCCCUGUCAGUUUCCGGCUAUAUGUUUAGGAACCAAAGAGUUUGCUUGGUUAGACAUGAGCAGAGUGUACUCCUACGAAGACGGUGACAAGGGUUCCGCCUCUUCUGCUGGCGUGUCUCCUAGUUUUAGAUUGGCUAUUAUCGAAGCGAAAGAUCUUCACAGUAAAGUGAAACCUUUGAAGGAAGCUCUUCUUCAAGUAACUUCGUCUAUAGACAAACCUUCAACCAAAAAGCCAGCUCCAUUCAAGUUUAUCAAGGUCAACGCUCCUUACAACGCCGGAAUGAAGAAUUACGAGAAGCAGUUACAGCUGGAGAGAAUGCCAUUUGCUUGUGAUUGUGCUCUCAAUGACAAGUGUUCAGCUGACAGCUCCUGUAUUAACAGAGUCCUUCUUACUGAGUGUCCUACAAGCUGUAAAUGGGGCGAACAAUGCGAGAACCAGCGCUUCCAGAGAAGACAGUACCCAGCAACGAAACUAGUAAAAGCAGGGGGACGAGGUUGGGGUCUGGUGGUUGAGGAGGAUGUCACUCCUGGAACUUUAGUUCACGAGUAUGUUGGGGAGAUUAUAGAUGAGCAGGAGGUUGAGAAUAGGUUACAGAACUAUCAAGCCAGUGGGAUCACCGAUUAUUACAUGUUGACUGUAGAGAACUCCAGGAUAAUUGAUGCUAAACCCAAAGCAAACAAUGCUCGGUUCAUGAACCACAGCUGUGACCCGAACUGUGAAACUCAGAAAUGGAACGUUCUCGGUCUUACUUGCAUCGGACUGUUUGCGAAGCGAGAUAUCAAGUCUGGAGAAGAACUGACGUUUGACUACCAGUUCGACACGCGGGGUCAGGAGAAGAAGGCUUGUUUGUGUGGCUCUUCUAACUGCUCUGGAUUUCUGGGUGUGCCUGCAAAGAAGAUGGUCGAGAUAUCCACCAAGGAACCCAAGAAGAAGACAAAGAAGAGACGAAAAAAAAAAGUCGUCAAAGAAGUUAAGCCCGACAGCCCUAGCACAUCAACAUCACAAGAGUCGCCGAGUGAAGAAAAGCUGAGUGCUGAAGCUGCCAUAACUGCUUUAAACAUCGCUAAACAACCUAAAAAAGGGGGACCAAGAACCAAGAAAGUUGUCAGUCUACCAGUAACUCGGAAACCGGCUCACAAAGGAGUCAAGGCAACAACCAAGAGCGUUCUGAAAAAUACGAUCCUGUCAAAACGAAAAAGUAAAGCUGAAGAAAACGACAUCGAGGAUGAUUUGCAGAAGAUACAGGCCAUUGUGAGCAGUGUAGAGGGUGGGGAGGCUGGGAGCAGUCAGCAAGGAACUUCAGAAAAGUAAGCCCAUGGGUUUAACCGACCCUGGACAAUGAACAUUUUUUCAGUUGACAGAUAAAUUUCCUGAGCCACGGACAUUGGACAUCCGUCAAUAUGUUUUAUUAAUCAAUGGAAUAAGAUAUGCCAGAUUUAUAAAAGUUACUUAAUGCGAUUUCAUUUAUGAUAAUUCACGAUUCAAGCUCAUUAGUAUGAAACAAUUAGUUUAAUGUAGUUUAAUGUUAGGAUGAUAUUUGGUAUUUGAUUUUAGUGACUAGAGCUAAAUAUCUAUGUUAAAAUGCUCCAUUUAGAAUACAGUAAUUGUACAUUUUACCGUUUUAUUUCUCGGUUGGUGGUAUACUAGCAUGCCAAUGCAAUAAACUGACCAGAAAAUAUUUCAUCAACUCAGUGAUUGAUGCAAUUUGCAUGGGUCUUAACAUAAGUGUUGGAUACAUUAUUCAUAUGUUUUGUAAUGGAUUUGGAUUUUUAAUGGAAGCCGACCUGUGAUGUGCAGUGGUAAACUUAUAACGGUGGUAUGGACAGGGUAUUGCAGUGUAAUUUGAGCUGGGAUUUGAUAAUCUUUCAACUUUUAUGUUUGUAGUUUAGUUACGAUAUCAAUACAAUGAGCAAGUGUAAAAACUUAACCUUAUAAAUUGACAAUUGUAGUAAAAGUCUUUUGAGAUCAAUCUGAGCCGUGAUAAUUUGAAUCCUACGUUUCAUUUUUAAGGUAAAUUAUUAUUUUUAAUAUUGUAGUGUCGCCAAUAUAAUAGGUUUGAUCAUUUACCUUCUACAAUUCAAAUUAUUAAAACGCAGUAUUCGUUCUUAAAAUUAAACAUACGACGGCCAAUUAAAUUAGUAUUUUGCUUUAUACACCUAAUCAGUGCAUAAUGAACCUCUAGUUUCUGCCUGAUGGUGUCUCCAGCAUGCAGCAUAUUAUGCAAGAAGUAUCUGUCCCGUAGUGUACUGACACAAUUCGAGCCAAAAAGAGGAAUCGUCGCAAAAAAAACACAGUUUCCUAGUUUCGCACAGUUCUAUCGUUGAUAUAUCUACCAUCAUCCAGUCUCUGUCAUGUCCCAAUAUUAUCGAUGUCAUUCUGACGUUGACAAUUCGUUUACCGGUUUUGUGCCUCCUACAAACUUACAAGAACAUCAUAGCAAGGGUGGGGCACUGAAGCCAGUAUUUCAAGGUUACCCUAAACAUGAAACUAACCCAAUCCAUCAUUGGAAUCAACACGCAAAUCCUAUUCCAUCUAGGCUCCAUCCUGCAAAUGUGAAUCAAACACCUCCAAUCCAUGUUGAUAACAGUCUUUCACGAUCACUUAGACAAACACCGGUACGUGUGAGAAAUAGACUGGCCCCAGACAGCACUUUCCUUGUGAGCACUCCAGUUUAUCAAAAAGAGCCCGUCAGCGCGGACCGACUCAUCCAUCAGAACAACCACUCAAAACUUAGGUCUAGUAAUACAGGACAAGGACAGUCUUUAAACACAUCCCCUGCAACUGACACUGAUAAUUUAAAAUUAAGAUGGGGGUCAGUGAGCUCAUCACAAUCAAAUGAAUUCGGUGAAGAGACCUCCGAGAACUUCAGCUCUCAUCUUCAGGGGUUCAUCAUUGGACCAACUCAGGUGGUACAGAUAGAACUACUUCUGAAUCGCUUAACUCAAGGAGAGGGGGGCAACGUAUCCUUAAUCAACAUGCCAGGUAGCAAUGGAUAUCAACUUUGAAUUUUAGGCUAUAGGUUUAAAAUUUAUAAACUAUCGUUGAUAACUAAUCAAUCGUAAUAGAGCUGGAUAACCUGAGCUUGUUUGUGCACAGUCAACGCUCUUUGAUUUCAAGCAACUGUUCCCCAUUUUAAUCACUGAAUUAAAAAACCAAAUUAAUGAUUUCCCCAUUCAGUGACCAGUUGUUUUGUGGAGAAGAGAUAAAUGAAAUCUUCAUGAUCCCAGACAGGCCACCUUUUGAAGUUCCAAGAGUCGAGCAUCCCAAGGUUCUGUAUAUUUCCUUAUUUGGUUGUACCACUAAACCAAUGAACUUUAUCUAGCUCCGGUCAAUUCAUUGAAAACUUACCUUGGAUAAAAUAAAAUGGAUCACUUGAGACCAUAUUUAGAGGAUUUUAUGCUUCUAGGGACACGUUGCUCGUAACAGAACCAUGUAUUUCAAGCAAAUUGCAUAAUAUUCCCGAAUAGGUAAAAUGCACCAAAUCCAAAUAUGGUCAAAAGUUAAUGAAGACAUCUUCUAUUUUGCCAGUUACGACUCUGUGAGAACUGAUAACCUGUAAAGUUUUACUUCACACAUAUUAUCAUGAUUAUGUAAUGUGUAACAGGUACGUUUCCAGGUACUAAAGAUACAGAUGCUGGAUAAGCUUCGUGAAAGUAAAACUAAAGGUUCACUAUUCUCAAGUUCAGGACUGGAGGACGACAUCCCUAUCAAAAUAAAAUCAGACUUUCAACCUACGAAGUUGGAGUUUGAUCAGACCAACGACCAGGAGGUGGAUGUUGGGAAACUGAAGGACAAUCUUGAUAACAUGUAUUCCAGACUACAGGAACUGGCACAUUAUGUAGACUUUAACUGACAACCGGGCAUCAUCGAGCCCAUAUUUCGUGGAGGAUACGUGAUAUGUUAUGAGAAUGGUAGUUUUGAUUUAAAAGUUUGCCAUUCUGAACCAUAAAAAUGCAGGUCUCCUCAGUUUUCUCAGCACGGAAGGAACCCUGACAAUAGUUACCCGAAUUGUUCAAAAAGACGUGUAUCGCAGGAGGUGAGUAUCUUGUUGGACGGAAAAUGUCUAGUAGUCUCUGUCAAGAUAAAGAAGAGAAAUAAGUAUUUUCUUUUUGAAUGUUUGAAAUAAAAGAUUUAUACUUAAACACGUUACACAGUCGUGACACUACACAUGAUAUAGUCAGAAUAACAACAAUCCAAGAUCACCUUUUUGAAAACUUUACGGAUUUUAGAAAGCAACGAGUUUUCAUCUUGAUCUGUUGUUAGCCCGCCAAAACCUUUACAAUUAUUUAGUGAAGAAAUUAAAAAAUACAAAAUUAUAAUAUAGCAUUCCAAAGAUUGUUAAAUCCAUAUCAAUUAAAUUAGUCUCUACGAAAAUUCACACGAAACGAAACUC